AUGGACGCCCUCAUAGUUGCGGCUACCGGCUCACCAGCCGUCUCCUCCAAACAAGGCUCUCCCACACCCGAGAAGCCUCGUCUUCGAGUCGUCGAACGUGGCUCUCAAGCAUGCAACGAGUGCCGAAGGCAUAAGAUCCGUUGCCACCCUGCUCCUGAUGACCCCGAACACAUCAAGCCGUGCGCGCGCUGCGUGCGCAUGUCCCUCGAGUGCGUUUUCAAGAAGCACAAUCGCGGCAGGAAGAGGAAGAACCCCCCUCCCGAUGACGGCGGCGUCGCAACGCCGAUCGCCCAGAAGCAGCCACACCUCGACGGUCCCCGAUCUGGUGCUACACCUUCUUCCCAGUCCUACUGGGGUCGAGGCAGCCCCGACCGCUCUCUUUUCCCGGGUGUUUCCAAGUAUCCGUUCGUCGCCGGCGACUCGGCUCAGGAUGCCGACGGACCUCGGGGACCUCCCCCGAUGGCGCAGAUCUCUCUGCAGAACAUGGUCCGUGGCCGCCCUUGGGACGAGGAGCACGAGGGCGAGUACUACUCUGGCACCGAUGAGGAGUACGUUCGUGAACGCGUCACCGAACGUCCGCUGCACUCGGUCGUCGGCGGUGCCGCUGGUGGCGACGCCAUCACUCUCGGUUAUGUGACUCUGGAAGAGGCACGCGAACUGUUCCAGCUCUUCCUCAAGCACUUCAACCCUGCCAUGGCCAUCAUCGACCCGGUGCAGUGCAACCACGACUUUGUCAGACAGAACUGCCCGUUCACCUACCAUGUGAUCUUGACUAUUGCAUCCAGGUACAUGAACCUCCUCCCGGGAUCAACUGCGGCGGCUGUUCCCCCAUCGGCCAAUUCGGUCCACCAGCAGAUUCUUGUUCUCGCCCGCGAUCAGCUCAUGUGGGCUUUCGCCGAGGCCAUCAGCAACGUUGACGUUGUGCAAGCCGUCAUGGCCCUUUGUCUCUGGAAGGAGCCUGACGAUGAUAAGGCUGCAUUCUACUUCAGCCGUGUCGUUGUGCUUGCCAAGGAGCUCGACCUCGGAAGCGAGCCUCCCAUACAUCAGGUCGCGCGCAUGACCGACUCGGAGAGGAGGGAGCUGCGUCACAGGCAGCGGCUAUGUUCCAUCUUCCACAUGCAGUUCCGGCAGCCGAUGCUGAUCACUCAGCUGGACCCUCUGGUAUCGACGUGCCAGUUCUGGCUGAAGCACACGGCGCCCGAGUAUGCUCUCAUGGACACGUUCAGCGCGUUUAGCGCGGACUUGCGCCGCCGCUACCUGUCGUACAAGGAGCUGCUGAACGACCCGUACCCGAGCCCUCUCACGCUCUCUGUGCUCACGAAGACGAUCAACACUGAGUGGGAGCACACGAGCGAGGCCUGGAUUCGCGAGAUCAUUGAUGCUGGCGGCUCGCCGAGCUAUGUGCACAAGCCUCGGGUCUGGUACGCUGCGCUCGCGCUCAACUUGAACCUUCAGAUCUUGAACAAGACGCUGCGGAUCCCGCCGCACGAGCGCAUCGCGCCUCCCCCGCCGACGGCAGCUGGUGCGCCGACGAGCGUCGCGCAGCUCCGCUGCAUUCCGGCGUUCCACGCGAGUCUGAACAACGCCUCGACUGUCCUCAUGCGCGUACACGACCUGGACAAGUCGCAGAUCACAUUUGCGUCCGACACCUUCCUCCACUUCUCGCUGUACGCCGCCACGUUCCUGUGGUCUCUCUGCCGCCGCCCGCAGCUGUACGACUUUGAGGACGUCGAGGUCGAGUACAUCCGCGACCUGAUCUUAAAGGUCGCCACGGCCUUUGAGGCGGCGUCUCCUUACCCCGGCUCCUCCCCAGCCCUGCACGCCAAGUACCUGCGCCGCCUCUGCCGCCCGCGGCGGCAGUACGAGUCGAGUGAGGGGACGAGCGACGACCUUCCCCCGCCCGUGAAUAGGGAGGAGCUCGAGUUUGUUGGCGAUUUUGGCUGGGUCGGCGUCGACCUGCCAUGGUCCUCGAUUGACCCCGCUUUACAGGGCGUGACGGCCGAGCAGCCGCACCAGCCGCACCCCGAGGAGCUGGAACGCGACCGCGAGCGUGAGCGCGCCGAGCGCGAACUGCGCGAACGCGAGCGCGCCAUCCUCGAGGAGGAGCCGUAUGUCAACGGACGCGGGGCUUAG